AUGUUCAAUUUGAAACAGUUUUCUCGAAACUCACAUCAUAACCAUGGCCCAAGUGCAAUUCAUCCCGUUUUUAAAGAAUCUUACUGGCAGUGGUACAUAGAAAGCUACCUAAGAAAUGAUAGAGAAACCACUAUUAAGCACACUCCGUAUGUGCUCACAAAUUUUACUCAGAAGUCACCAGAAGUUGUGACAAUACAGGGCUUUUUCGACCACUUGCAGUUGCCACAGCCCUGUAGCUUGGAAAUCAUAGCCAUCCUUAAAUCACCUUUGACAGGUGGGGAUUUGAACAAGACAUUUUAUAUACUUCGCAUGUUCCAGCUAAGUACAGAAGGAUGGUUUCUUACAAACUCAAGAAUAGACAAAUUAGGAAACAAAUUGUCUUAUGUCGGCUCCGAGAAUUGGGAUAAUGUGUUGUGCUACAUGGAUGCUUUGUUAUUCGCCAUGUUUGCUAAUUUGGAUAGCUUUGAGCCGAUACUAUUUAUACCCAACCAGGAUGACCCACUCGUGGCACAACUAUCAGCUUUGUUGCGAGUUUAUGUUUCACUCUUACGUCUGGGAUAUUUAAUUACAACUGAUCUCACUGCGCGUGUAUGUGAAGGGUUGAUGAAACUAGGCUAUAGCGAAGCACUAAGCCACAAGCAGCAGGACGCGGCUACCUUGUUUGAAUUUUUAACAGAAGUAUUGAACAUGCCGUUGUUGACCUUCAAAGUUGAUAUAAAACACGGUGGCAAGUUUAAUAAAAAUGAUGAUCAAAAAAUUUCAAAGGAAAGAAUACUAUUCGUUAGCAUACCCGAUGAGGAUGAUGGGGUAGCAAAGAAGGAGAUAACAGAUGAUACGUCUGACUCAGACAAACUCACUCGAUCCAACUCAAGCUUGAAUCUGAGUGGGUCAGAAAUGGAUGAAUCUAUAUUGUUGGAGGAGUGUUUGGAACAUUAUUUCAACAACUCAAUUAGUGUCAAGCGUGAAUUGGAGAGGCGUGCAUCUUUAUCCAAUGUUCCUACUGGCAAUACGUUCAACGAUAUACCCGAAAAUGCACCAACGGCAGAAACCACGCGACACGAUCCCAACAAGCACUACGUCGAAGAAGUUGAAAAUAUUGAAGACGAAAUUAAAUUAAGAGAUCGGUCCGAUAGUAGGAAAAGCGAUGGGAUCAGAGUUCGCGCCAGAACAAGAUCGUCUACAUUAUCCAUCUGGUCUAUAAACGAUAAUGACAGGAAGGAUCCCAAAAAACCCAAUGAAGUUAACCUUCCAGCAUGGAUGUUUCUACGUUUAUUACCAUUUUACACUGAUGAUAAUGUUUUGACAGAUAGCUUUGAAAGCACCGCUAAAUCAUCAAAAGAUUUUGCCAAUAGAAGGCCUGUACUACCCAUUUGUUUAAAAAGAUACCAUAUGCAUAGCGGUGAUUUGUCCGGUACGAAAUCACACAAGCGUAUAAUCAUUCCACCUUUUAUUGAUCUCCCUGAUUUUGUUGCCGAUGAUGUUGAUGGUCCAGUUUCCUCUUUCAAGUUGAUACUUGAAAGCGCCAUAUGUCAUAGGGGGAAAACAAUUGAGCUGGGUCACUUUGUUGCCGUUGUAAGGAAGAAUAUUGAAGAAACUAGCCAAUCUGAGGAUGAGGCGUAUGACUCGAAAUGGCUUUUAUACGACGACAUGAAAAAGAGUCUGAGAGUAGUGGAAAAGACUUUUAGGGAAAUUUUUGCCACUGAGUGGCCAUAUAUGUUAUUUUACCGAUUGGUUUCGACUAAUGAGACCAGUGCUGUUUCCUCUGUGAAGAGUGACAUCAUUCCCCAAAACGGAAUCAAACCAAAAUAUUGGGACCAGUCAGGUAAAACAUUAAACAGUCAACAAGUCUCGGGAGGCAGGUCAUUAUCCUUAUCACCUAUCCUUUCUACAAAUGGCAGCGAGGCGAGUGAUCAAGUUGAGAAACAACAGGCACCUUUGAAUGUUCCUAAAGUUAGGAUCACUGUGGACUCCAUGGUAUCGCCAGUCUCCCCCAAUGAUCCCGGGUACAUCGACAUUCGUAACAGAUACUUUUGGUUCAUCCCUGAUGAGAACAAAAAUUAUUACAAAGAAGAGGUAAUGGUUUUGGAUGGAACUUCAUCGGUAAAUUUCAGUCCUCAAUUUAGACGCAAUAGCCAAUGGAGUCUAACAUCCAAUAUUAGCAACAUCCAGUUGGCUAAAUCUUCUCUGGGCCAACUACCUGAAAAGAGUCAUAGUGACGCAUUAUCUGCCUCCACCACGCUGGAAACCAAGCAUGAUACGUUGGACAUACAAAACGAUAAUAAACAAACAACGAAGUUGGAAAAAGGCAGUACUGGAUCCAUUUGGAGAAGGAAAAAGAGUCCUAAAAUGAAGGCAGAAUAUGUUGAGCCAGUUGAGGGGUUGCCACAGUUACAGUUAGACGACCCACCAAAGCAGACAUUUCCUCAGACAUUGCGAAAUAAAGAUGAACAAACAAAACAUGGUACAAACGUUAAUUCUAAUCAGAAUCAUAGCCAUGGAUUGUUGCACCGAUCAAAGCGUCGGAGAGAUGCAUAUAAGAAGGAGAAAUGUACCAUUACAUAG